AUGCCCCGCAAGUGGGACAUCAAUGGCGACGAGGAGCGUCUGCCGGAGGGGGUGAGGCGGACGGGCUACGACGCCGAUACACAAACAUACACCUACGAGGCCGACGACGGCUCGGUGUACGAUGGUGCGCCGGGUCAGCUCUACGGCCGACUCACCAAAACUGCUGAGUCCGUGCGGAGUCGGAGGACGACGACGACGACAACAUCAUCAUCGUCGUCGCCUUCUCAAUGCACAACCUCAACCUCCCCGGAAAGAGGAACACCACCAUCAUCACCACCUCGGUCCAGGUCAGGUUCACCCCAGACCUUCAGCACCAUCCUCAACAACAACAAAAAUAACACCCCAAGCUCCCAUCCCCGGCGUGCUGCCUCCUCCUCCUCAUCAGCAGCAGCAGCACGGCCAUACACGCCCAAAUCCAUCCCAUACCACACCACCACCGCGGCCGCCAGCCCUACCACCACGAUGGGUUCGUCCUCCUCCCUGCGGACACACCCAACCGCGAAGGGCGCGGCCAAGGUGCUGGCCUCGGACCUCAAAGAGUAUACCCGAGAGGCGGCGAUCUCGGUGAUGCUGCGCAUGAGCAAGAGCAUCAGGAAGCGGACGAGGGCGAAGAGGGCGGCGAAUGAGCGGGGGUGGGUUGUGGAGGAGAAGGAGGGGGAGGAGGAGCGGUGA